UGGAGGAGGAAACAGCGCGCAGGCGGAACCACAGUGAGGAGGGCGGCGAAGUGGAGGGAAAUUUAAAAAGUCCGGACUGCCUGGAGGUGGCAGAGCAACUGAGCCGCUCGAAGAAGUCAGUUAGCUACAUUAAAAUCGUUUUCCAACUUACACAAGCAGUUUGGGAACAUCAGAUAUAAACUUAUGAUCAGUUUCCAAACGGGUAUGACCGUCUUAUCCACAGAAUGGAGACUUAUCACAAUCAGUUUUUAGACUCGCCCUCCAAAAACAGUUACAUUGGGAGCUAUUACCAGCCUCCAGACAGGAUACUACCAAUACCAAGACAGCUGGAGUUCUCUGGACCCUCAUCCAUUAGAAUGGACCCACAAAUCACCAGCCUCCAGGUGUCUCAGACCAAACCUAAUAUUGACAGCGAAGCUGUUGUCGAUGCACUGAAGACCCUGCAGGAGAAAAUUAGGCGGUUGGAGCUGGAAAGGAAGCGGGCGGAGAGGAGCUACCAGCAGUUCUCCCAUGAUGCUCAGAAGCAUCAGCAGGUCACAGCAUCUUACACAGCCAGCCUGCCUGAGACCAAUAACAUUGGCAGGAAGGAGCUGGACUCCAAGCUCCGUUCUGCAGAGGCCCGUUGUAAGGUUCUUGAGAAGCAGCUGGACUACAUGAGGAAGAUGGUUGCAAACGCUAAGAAGGAGAGGAAUGCUCUCAUGGAGAAUCAGGCUUCACUGCAGAACCAGCAGCCGAGCAGCUCAAACGCCCAAACUCAGCGGGAGAAGCUGGAGAAACUUGAAUCCGAGUGUCUCAAAUUGAGCAGAACCCAAACGGCAGCAGAGAUGAAGCUUUCCAUUCUGGAGCAAAAACUACUGAAAGAAGAGCAUGAGCGUAAACUUGUGCAGGAAAAAGCAGAUGAGCUGCAGAGGGAGCUGGACAUCAGCCUUCAAUUGUCCAUGCCAACUACUGAAGAGAUAAAGCCAAAAAAGAAAACAAAAAAGGCCAUCAAGAAAACCUCUAAACAGAAUCAGCUGGCAUCACCAGGCGGCCCAAGGUGCAAAAUGCCUUUUGUUGCAGGAACGUCGAUAAGCCCGAGCCAUUCGGUCCACGCCAACGUACAAAGUAUCCUUCACAUGAUGAAGCACCACCAGCCCCAGCUGUGUGAACGAGUGAGUGCUCUGCACAGGUCUGGCUGCGGAGCCAAGAAAAGCCUCCGAAAGGACUUUUCUCCAUCUUCCACUGCUUUUAGGAAGCCUGAUAGCCUGCCGGAGCAAGCAGAUCCGUCACUGAGCUCACUGUCAGACCUGCUCUUGGCUUUGCAGGAUGAGCUUGGACAGAUGAGCUUUGAGCAUCAGGAGUUGGUGCGUCAGAUCGAUGCAACCCAACAUCGGGAGCAGAAGCAGGAUCUGCACAGAGAACUGGAGAGGCUGGUGGCCAGGAUGGAAGAGAAGGGAGUUCAGAUCACUAAGCUCCGCAAACACCAGCAGACGGUCCAGAAAUUGACCCAGAGCCAGCCGUGUGCCGAGGAACACGCAGCCAAGAAGUUGAGUGGGAUCAGGCCACCUGUUCCCUCUCUUGUUAAGGCUAAACAGAAGGGUAAGAAAGGUGGGACCGCCCACAAUAACCUGCACCUUCUCCGAGAGACCCAGAAGUUCAGAGACAGCCUCAAACAAGACGACCUCUGCUGGGAAACAUGAGGUUCUCUGCAAGACCAUUCUGUGUGCAGGCUUUGAUCCUACAGCUGGAUGAACCACCAGGCUCCCCUUGGUUCCUGUCAGUUUGUUUUCCCCUCUCUUCAAUCGGGCUCUGGGCCAUUUUUAGUAAUAGAUGAAAAGAGGGAAUAAAGUGUUUUACACAGAACUUGAUAAUGUGUUGAUCAUAAAAUAAAUUAAGCAAUGGGCGAUUGAGUUAAAUGAAAUCUUGCACAUACAGGGUCCUUUAUAGGUCGAGGGUAUAGUUUAUGAACCAUUACUUUAACCAGCCUAAAAAUGAUGUGACUUGAGUGUGUUUCAUGAUGUAUAUAUCAUCGCAAAUGAGGCUGGAAUAAUUUAUUUUUAAUAUUUUUAAUUUUUAAUAAAGCUUAUUCUCUCUACA